CGUCUGUCCCACUUUGAUCUGCUUCUUCUUCCUCUCUCUGCAGGAUGGAAACUCUGGGCUCGCCAAAGCCCAAAUCUUUAUCUAUACAGGAACUGAAGGAGAAGAUAUCAGAGUUAAAUGCUCUUCUUCUCAAUCUGGAAACACAAAGUUCUUCUGUAAGAAUGAAUGUAAACAAGGAGAUCUUCUCAUUGAAACAAGUGAUGUCACAGCUCAGAGCGGCAGAUAUGGGAUGGAAUAUGAAACAAGUAAACUAAAAACUAAUGUUUCCGUCAGCAUCUCCCAGCUGACCAGGUCUGACUCAGGACUCUACAGGUGUGGUCUGGGAAGACCUUUAUCUGCAGCUUCAUACACUGACUUUAGAAUCCGUGUAGUAGAUGCUCUGCAGGAUGGAAACUCUGGGCUCGCCAAAGCCCAAAUCCUUAUCUAUACAGGAACUGAAGGAGAAGAUAUCAGAGUAACAUGUCCCUUUCCUUCAUCUGGAAGCACAAAGGUCUUCUGUAAGAAUGAUUGUAAAGAAAAAGACCUUCUCAUUGAAACAAGUAAUGUCACAGCUCAGAGCGGCAGAUACAGGAUUAAAUAUGAAGAACUUCAUCCAGGAGCAGAUGUUUCUGUCAGCAUCUCCCAGCUGACCAAGUCUGACUCUGGAUGGUACAGCUGUGGAUUGAAUGGAUCAACAAUGUCAUACGGCCACUUUAGAAUCACUGUUGUUGAUGCACUGCUAACAGGAAAUCCUCCUGAAGUAAAAAUCUUCCAUAAGACAUCUGGAGAUAAUGUUGUUGUUGCCUGCAACUUUUCUGUCUAUGGAGACAACAGGUUGUACUUCUGUAAGGAACGAUGUGAAGACAAAGACAUUCUGGUUGAAACAUCCGAUCUCAGCGCUCAGAGAGACAGAUACAGCAUUGAAUAUGUAGGAAGAUCUCCGUCUGAAGUAUUUGUGUAUGUGACCAUCUCCCAGCUGACCAGGUCUGACUCAGGACUCUACAGGUGUGGUCUGGAAAGACCUUUCUCUCCGGAUCAUUACCACGAGUUCAGGAUCAAUGUUACAGAUGGAAGUGUGCUGCUGUAUGUGGUCAUCACUGUUGUUAUCACUGUCGUCCUCUCUGGGCUGGUGCUGACCAUCGUCUGUAUUCAGAGGAAGUGUAAACCUGAUGGUUUGAACACUGGAGGAAACUCAGACGGCAUAAACAUGGAGGACGUCCCAGACUAUGAGAACUGUUCUCCAGAUUCCACCUUCAACGACUCCACGUACCAGAGCCUCGAUCCAGUCAGCAGGGAUCAGGACCAGACCUACUCUACGCUCUCAUAAAUACAACCUAGAUGAGCUGGAAUCUGGAACUGUGCCUCAGGUCCAGGUUGUACUCAGUGUUUCUGUAUCUUCAGUGCAGUUCUUAAUGUGUCUGUUGUUAAAUUGGAGAAUGUGUUUCUCAUUUUGCUGGAGUGUUACUUCUUCACACUGUGUUUUAUUUGCAUGUGUUUUCUUUGGUUGCAUUUAGUUGAUCUCUCUGGGCCACCGUACUUUUGUAGUCAUUGGAGUUUCUUUUAACAUGGUCCAUUGUGACAUGUUAUAUAUAAUAUGAUCUUCUAUAAUAGGAGUUAUUUUUAUUAUUUAUAUAUCACCUCUUAAGCAAAGUUAACGUUAGUUUGAGAACCUCUGUGUCGUCUGGUUUUUCACACAGUGCUGCUGUUGGUUAGCCUAGAAAUCGAGACUCCCCCUAGUGGCAGCAAAUUUAUUUGGCAGCCAGGGUCGUCUAGCAACUCUCCGUUGACUUCCG